GCAGUGAUCUUGUAGUGUCGGAAAUAAUAAUAAUAAUACAACAGUAAUAUUACUCUGAAAGAUACAUGUGGCUCACAGCCACUGAGGGUUUCACUGGAUCGAUUACAGCUGCAGGAAGGAAACCAAAAACAAUGCAGGGGAAUCCCCCACAGUUUCAUGGUUAUUACCAUGACACCAUUAACACUACUAUUGGACUUUUUACAGUAAAGUACAGUUAUAAUGUGUAAUAGUGUGAGCAUAACGCUUUGUUUGAGGCUAUAUGUGUGUUAGGAUACAGUAAACAGACUCACCUGUGUCAGAGGGGUGAGGAGGAUCAGGCUGGGAGAGAAGUGUGCGCUUUAUUUUAGCUCCUGGCUGUGGCACCGGGGCGGGAGGCUGCUGUUCUGUCAGCCGUGUCAGGGGGUCCGGUCCUGGGUUUGGUGGGGAGGCUGCACACCUCAUUUUAGGUAGCGAGGAACCGGCGUAUACCUUUGGCUCUUACCGUCGUUACAAUGCAACAGUACCGCACUCCUCCCCGGGUGUCUGUGGUCUGUGUGCGCUUCCUGCCUGGUUCAACGGAAGGCUCCAUGCUCGCAGUGCAACGGGGUGUUUCUUGUCCCCAGACCGUGGGAAAUAGACUGAUUUCAGGGGUGCUGCGUGGGGCUUCUUGGGCUGUAACUUAAGAAGAUAAUACUAUAUUCCUGUGUUGUUUAUCCUGCUGUGUUAUUGAUGAAAACAAAGUUUGACUAAAUGUUAAAAGUUCGCAUUUACUGGCGGUGUUGGGGAUCCGUGGGCUGUUUAUUAUGUCAGAGACUGAAAUGUACUAUGUGUUAAUGAAUCAAAGUAAAACAUGGACUAAUCUGUCUCAUGUGGUUCUCCAUGUGUCCAUGAUCACAAGAUGUUAUUGUGAACUUAAUUGUUUUUCUUCUCUUCUUGCCAAAUGAUACUGCCAGCUGAAAAGUCCCAUGACAUUAUUUUUCAAGUGAUUUCCCUCUCAUUAUUUGGCGUUCUCACUGUGACACGUGUUUGAUUUGCUGACUCAGUGCUCAUUACUUAAUAAUUACUUAACUUACUUAAUCUAUUUCAUGGUUCCCCUGAUGAUCACAAGAUCUCAUUGUGAUAAGAUUGUAACUUAAUUGUUUUUCCUCUCUUCUUGUCAAAUCAUACUGCAAGCAGAAAGAGCCAUGCCAUGGUGUUAUCAUUAUUACACACUGACUCAGUGCUCAUUACUUGUGUGCACAUUAGUGUGGCAAUAGGUCACCAAUCGGUCAUUCUUAAUGCCUGAAAUGUUCUCUUUAAUGUCAGUAAGUGCUGUCAGAUGAUAUAUUCUUACCACUAUUAAAAGGGUGAUGCAGUCCUGUAUAAAACAUAUAUGAGCCCCCUCUGAGUGGCACAAUUUGAGUAUUUUCCAGCAGAUGGGUGGUGCAGCAGCUAAUGAAAACUGGAAUACCCAUAACUCAUGGGUUAACUUGAGAUUCUCCCGUAGGACGUUCCUCCAAAUAAACAGCAUGGUUUUCUAUUUAGAAGCUUUUACUUGAUGCUGACUUCAGGUUCAGAUUCGUGGGUGAUCUGUGAAGUUUUGGUUACAUGUUAUCUCACAUUGUGCAACUGCAAAGGUUGUGAAGAGGCAGAUGGUGUCAAUGUGUGUGCUUACAUUGCAUUGGUUACUCUAGGCGGCAAGCACCCAUUAGGCAUUAUUAAUAGAAAAUAAACUCAACAGAAUCAAUUCACAGCUUCUCAUGCACUUUCUUCUUCUUUUCAUUGCUUAACAGUUGAGGAGUUUUUCAUUUCGUGAAAUGCAGCUCCUUUUUUGUCCGAACUACAAUUUAUGAUAGAAAAUGUAGCUAUGCAGAAUGUUUGCUAAAAAAAUUGUGUUUUACAGAAUCUAUAUGUGUAGGUUAUGUAUGUUUACAUCUAUCCUCCAAAUAAACAGCAUGGUUUUCUAUUUAAAAGUAGAUAAUACAAUUCCUAAACACUAGUUUUGGUAUAACAUCGCAUUAUCAAAUUAUAUAAAGAAAUACAUUUGUUUGAGGCCUUUUAUUGCCUUUAAUGGAUCGUGACAGCGGAGAGGGGAGGACACGCAGCAAAGGGCCACAGGUCGGAGUCGACCCCCACAACCGCUGUAGGAAGGACUCAGUCUUGUGUACAUGGGGCGCCAAAUAAAAGCAACGUGGUUUAUGUACUUUCCAAUUCUUCAUAAUAAUACGUUUAACUGACAGAAAAGCUAAGCAAUGAUAUGAUGCAUGAGUGUUGACUUAAUAUUUUUACAACAUUUGUGCCUUAGAGACAAACUAACUUUAUUGAUAUUGAGGUAUUUUUACAUCCAGAAUCGAUCGAGGAAAGUCUUAAAAUGACCUUCCUCCAAAAGCUGCAAAGCCACAAUCAACGCCAGCACAAAUGGGAAAGGUCCAUUUACCAUUAACCUGCAUGCUGUUGAUGUGGGCCCUGUGCACCACUUUCAUUUGCAGGAGACGAUUAAAAAAUUCCUAUACACCUUCUUGUGUUUACACAUUAUAGGUCAUCAGAUUGAAGAAAGUAAAACAUUUCUCAUUUGUGGUUUUAAAAAUGCAACACUUACACACAUCCUGCACAAACAAGGUGACAGACAGUCAGCUCAGGGGCGUGAUGCGCCCCUCACUGUCACUGUCAGUGUUAGUAUCAGUCGAUCAACGACCAGGCAUGGAGCUCAUGACACUGUGCACUAUUGUCGCCUCUUUAAGAGUCUUUCCCAGCAGAACCCAGUUCUUUCAAUAUGAGUCGAUUAGACUGAGCUGUGGGGAUGCCUCUGAAUGGCGGGUUAAGAGAAACACAUCCACAAACAUGAACGCAGAGUGUUCCACAACGUGGGGCAAAAGAAACGAGUCACUGUGCCUUCUUGCUGACCCUUACCCAGUAGACACUGGAGUGUACUGGUGUGAGUCUGGAGCUGGAGAGUGCAGCAGUGCCGUCAACAUCACUGUAACCGGUGGCUCUGUCAUCCUGGAGAGUCCCGUCCUUCCUGUGCCUGAGGGAGAAAAUGUGACUCUGCGCUGCACCAACAAGAUGACAUUCUCCUCCAAUAUCACAGCUGAAUUUUAUAAAAAUGGCCUCCUCAUUGGGAACAGCUCUUCGGGAAAUUUGAGCAUCCUCAGUGUUUUAAAGUCCGAUGAAGGUCUCUACAAGUGUAGCAUCUCUGGAGCUCAAUCACCAGACAGCUGGCUGGCUGUCAGAGCUGGGCGUCCUGAAUCUUUUCAUUCCCCCCUUGCACACAUUCUGCUUCCUGUGGUGGGCGUCUGCCUCUUGCUAGUCGUGGUGAUUCUGCUGCUUCUCUGGAGGAGUCGCAAAGGUAAAAUCAACUCAGAUGUGUCGUACACGGAUGUCACCAUCACUCAGGAAGUGCAACCAAAUAGGGACAGAGAAAUCGACGAUACAUCAACCUUCUACUCACUACUCAAACCAGGAGCCACCAGAGAGGAAGCAACAGAGCCAGUGCUGAAAUCUAUCUGAUAAUAUAACUUAAAUAUCUCUUUGUUGAAAAGUGGAUUACAGUUUUUUUGGGACCUUGCUGAAAAUGAUUGAGCAUUUCUUUAACUUUAGUUUUAUUUGUCCGCUCUGUCUCUCAGGUUUUGUCUUUUAUUUUUUAGCAUUUGCAUUUAAUAAAAUGAAACUGCUCCACUUAA